AUGUAUCGGCCUCGUGGCGGCGCUAAGCAGGAUCGGAAGGAAUCCGCUGCUUCAAGGAAGGCUGACCACUCUGGCUCUCAGACAUCCGAUGCUACAUCACCGGAUGUUUCAUUUGUUAAUUCCAUUGUUGGUCUAAAAACCCGUCUAUUGACACCAUUUAUGAAAUAUGACAAAACACUGAAACAAGUGGUGAUUAACCCUGAGCACGACCGAGUUUUUCGCUCCGAGGUGUCGCGCGUACAAGGUGUGGUGCUUCGUGAGCUCCGCCGAAUACUGGAGUUUGACUCGAGGUUAACUCCGAAAGAAGCCCUCUAUCUGGUGCAAAAGAGCGUUAUGCUCGCCUUCGCUUCCUGUGCGGUCGGAAGCGACGGCGAGGUACUCGUACCUUGUGGCUCGGAUGAAGAAGCUGAGGUGUUUAUGCCACGUCUAGAAAAGAUUUUUGCCGAACGGAGUGCAUGUGCUAAGGCUGUGGUUUCACUUACCGCUGUACUCUGCACAGGUGUGGUGCGGGAUAACUAUGGAGUCGUGUGCCAGCGGCUGGAGGCGCGCCUCGCUGCAGAAGAAGCCUCACCAGCGAAUUCCCGACGGACAGAUGUGGAACUUCAGGCUCUUGCGGCUACCAAAAAGAACACACAGGACUUUCUUCAGUUCCGUGCUGCGCUGGUAACAGCAUUCGAUUCCAUAAGUGCACCGUUGACCUCUAACGGCAGCAACUCGAUACCUCGUGAAACUGCUGCGGCGGAUGGGACUACGGCGAAUUUGGUGGUCCAGUCAUUCUACAGUCUUUUGGGAUGGAUGUUGAUGGUACAACCGGAUCGACUGAACCUGGAAACCACCCGUAUCACGCCUUCCCUUCCAUUCCCCCCGCAAGAUAUAAGCGAUCCUCCUGUUACUGUAACUUACUACGACCCCUCUUCCGGAAAGAUCACAAUUGAGCGGUCUGCCUCGUCGUUUAAAUGGGGUUUAUUGAUCAAUAUGGCGAGCAAACUGAUUGGAGUGGAAAAUACACUGCGGACUGCCACAUCAACCGGUGGUGAACUCUUCCAUGCCCUCCAACUAAGCGAGGGUGGAUUACCGAUUUAUAAUAUAAAUGGGGUAACUAUUCGUGAACCUGGGGAACAAGAGGCCGAUGGUGAUGUAAGUGAGGAAGUCCGAGUGUCGCGUCUGGAGAAGUUACAAAACAUACUAAAGAGUAAGGUAACAAAAGUCUCGUUGCUUGUUGCAGGUGUUUCGGGCAUGCAUGAUCCUCAGGAGGUUUCGUUUAACAUUAUACCGCAAGGGGGGGAAGGUGCUUCUGGGCAGGAAGCGUGCCUUAUUCUAAAGCGGCCAUCUGUUUCCGUAGAUUGGAAGCUCAAAUUGGUUGCGAAUGGUGAAAACCAGUUGAUACUAGAUAGUGUUUCCCCGAAUAUUUCGCUUUCAAAUGCGGCGAGUGAGUUCAUUAACACCCACCUCGGUAAUCUGCACGUUGCCCAAGUCAAUGGAUGCGAGCCGAAAAACAAUUCUUUCCUUGAUGACGUUAUGCGCAGCUCCCUUUUCCUUAUUUUGAGAUUGCAAACCGUUGCCACUGUAAAUUCUGAUUCCAAGGACGGAUCAGUUGCGGUGGGGGUGGGGAACUCACGGCGGCAACCGAAGGCCAUGGAAAUCGAGAAGUUGGAGGGUGCUGAACUCGCAGAGAGAGGGGGGUCAAAGAGCAACGUUAUGCGUUCGGCUGCGGAUGACGAAAUCAAGAAUGCUGGAAACCUGGAUUCACAACACCGGCAUGGUACCGACUCGGAUAGGCCGCUGCCAGAAGGACAGGGAACACGGGAGCAGGGAGAUGAGGAGACACAACAUGAAGGUAGCGAGAAAACGGAACCCAAAAAGCGGGGCCGCCGCCGGAAGACGCUCCAUUCAUCAGAAACCGAUGACAGAACCGCAGAAACUUCGGGGGAGGUGAGAUCCUCGACGGUAGCGACGAAGGAGACCAAAAAGGUUGGGACAACGGAAGGUGAGGAAAAGGGUGAGGCAACCAAGAAAAGGAAAGCUGAGAAAAAGGCCUCUGAAAAGAAGAAGAAGGACAAGGAGGAUGCCCGGAAGAAAGCGGGAAAGAAACUGUCAAAGGCUGCGAAGAAGAGUGGAAAGGAGAAAAAGGGUGGAAAGACAAAGAAGGGAAAAGACAAGGAAGAGGGCGAGGAGAAACGUACAAGGGGGAGGAAAAGCAAUAAGGCGAAGGAUAGUGAAUCUAAGGAUGGAGAGGCUAAAGAGGAGACUCCCGAAGGUGGAAAGAAAGCAGACAGUGGUGCUGGUACAUCGUUGAAGGAGGCAGCGGAGGCUCAAGGUGUGGUAGACAAGCCACUUGUAGACGUAAAACCGCGCUCCGAUGCGGCUGUGGUAGUAUCCAGGAAGAGCGAAAGCAAAAAAGAAUCUUCUUCGUCAACCUCUCCCGGCGGUGGUGAUGCAGCUGCGGUGCGCAUAGCAGUGGCCCCAAAGGGCAGUGUCGCCAUGACUCCUGAGGUCAUGGCUGAACUGAAGGAAGCUCCUCCACUGACGUUUGAGAACGCUGUUACCCUCGAUCACUUCGACGGUAUGAACAUGGAGUUGCGCCGCCCUGACCUAAAAACGUCCUGGGAUAUCAGCAUGACACAUGGAGGAGAUAAGCUUGUGUUGACUCGUCUUCCUCCUGUCUCAGCGGCACUAAAGACUCAUCCGUUUAUGAAAACAUUGGUUCCAGAUGAUGCCGGACAGAUUUCAUGGCAGGUGGAUGGAGUGAAUGGUAUCGAUCUACAUAAUGCGACGAAGUCGAUCAGGUUGCAGGCGAUGGAUAGCAUCAAAAAAUCGAGCAAGGUUUCGCUUAUUCUUCGGCAGCUUAUAAAGUAA